CUGCGAUCUUGGAGAAAUCGAUCAGCGAAGACGAUAAGCACUCGACACUCGAGCCUCUCGCUGCCCGCCGGCGCCGGGAUUUUAUACGAGCUCCAACCAAUCGCCGUUCUGAUCGAGAUGCCGCCAUGCCACGGCACCGCGCGCGCCAUCCCGUGCCGCAUCCGCCGACCGAGGAGGAGGCUCCGUGGAUCCCGGCGCUGGGUAACGACGGUUCGCCCACCAGCUGCACGCCGACUGUUCGACGGAACGCGCGCGAGCGCCACUGCCACUGCCGCACCUGGCUCCGCGUGCGGACAAUGGCGAUCGCCGCGCGACAGGGCACGCCAGUACGAAUGAAUCCACUGGCCUUCUUCGUCCCAGAGGGCAGAGCCGCGCCCGCGCAGGGCGUGGCUACAACGACGCGCCCGUGAUCACUGGUCAGUAUGGAGCUCACCAAACACCGUUCUGACUUCUGUGUUUCCGCCUGUGCUGCUGCAGGUGCGUCGGAGCUGUACUGGUGUCUACCAAAGCAGGAAAAAAAAAACCUCCAUAGGCUUCUUUGGCAAGAGUUCAGAUCUCAAAAGCAUCUAAUAAGUGAGGAAUCAGGACAAGAACCAUCAUGACAGCUAGUCACCCAGCUCUUGUACUGUACUUGAAAUUUCAGUGUCUGUAUGGGGCAGUCUUCAACGGGUCUUUGGCCUAUAAAAUACAGAAGAAUGUGGCUGUGUUGAAAAGAGUGAGACUCUUGUGAACUUCCAGGAGUAGGGGUGUUACCAAUAUAGAAUAUGGAGAGGGCGGGUGAGAUGGGAGAUAUUGGACAAGAAGCUCUCCAUGAAGGUGUGCUUCAGGGUGGCAGUGACACUGGAGAACACAAAGACAAAACUGUUGGUCAUGAAAAAGAUGAGCAAUUUCAGCCAAAAUGGAGGAAGUUCUUGGCUCAUGUUGGACCUGGAGCUCUUGUGGCCAUUGGCUUCCUGGAUCCUAGCAACUUGGAAACUGACAUGCAAGCUGGGGCUGACUUCAAAUAUGAGCUCCUUUGGGUGGUCUUAGUUGGAAUGAUCUUUGCACUUUUGAUCCAAACACUAGCUGCCAACCUUGGAGUGAAGACAGGGAAGCAUCUUGCUGAACUCUGCAGGGAAGAGUACCCACGUUACGUCAACAUUUGCUUGUGGACAAUCGCCGAGCUUGCAGUGAUAUCUGAUGAUAUCCCUGAAGUGUUGGGCACAGCCUUUGCAUUCAAUAUACUGCUCAAGAUUCCAGUGUGGGCUGGGGUUAUCCUCACAGUAUUCAGCACCCUCUUGCUCCUUGGGGUGCAGAGAUUCGGGGCCCGCAAACUGGAGUUCAUUAUAGCUGCUUUCAUGUUUACCAUGGCGGCUUGCUUCUUCGGAGAGUUGAGCUACCUGCGGCCAUCAGCAAAAGAGGUCGUCAAGGGCAUGUUUGUUCCCUCGCUCCAGGGAAAGGAUGCUGCUGCUAACGCAAUUGCGCUCUUUGGCGCUAUCAUCACACCGUACAACUUGUUCUUGCACUCUGCCCUCGUCCUCUCAAGAAAGACCCCACGUUCAGUUAAAAGCAUCCGAGCUGCUUGCAGAUACUUCCUUAUCGAGUGUAGCCUCGCGUUCAUAGUGGCAUUCCUCAUCAAUGUUUCGGUGGUUGUUGUCGCGGGAACUAUCUGCAAUGCAAACAGUCUUUCUCCAGCUGAUGCAAAUACGUGCAGUGACCUUACUCUGCAGUCCACACCUAUGUUGCUCAGGAAUGUUUUGGGGAGAUCAAGCUCAGUGGUGUAUGCUGUUGCACUGCUAGCUUCUGGGCAGAGCACAACAAUUAGCUGCACAUUCGCAGGGCAGGUUAUCAUGCAGGGGUUUCUGGACAUGAAGAUGAAGAACUGGGUACGGAACCUCAUCACACGAGCCAUCGCCAUUGGUCCGAGCCUCAUUGUCUCCAUUGUCAGCGGUCCAGCAGGUGCUGGAAAGCUGAUCAUCAUCUCAUCUAUGGUGCUGUCGUUUGAGAUGCCGUUCGCGCUCAUCCCUCUCCUCAAGUUCUGCAACAGCAGCAAGAAAGUUGGACCCCUCAAGGAAUCCAUCUAUACGGUGGUGAUUGCGUGGAUCCUGAGCUUCGCGCUCAUCGUGGUCAACACCUACUUCCUGGUGUGGACCUAUGUGGACUGGCUGGUGCACAACCACCUCCCCAAGUACGCCAACGUGCUCGUCUCCAUCGUCGUCUUCGCGUUCACGGCCGCCUACCUGGUCUUCGUCGUCUACCUGACGUUCAGGAGGGACAGGGUGUCCACGUACGUGCCGGUGUCGGAGCGGGCGCAGGGGCAGGUGGAGGCCGGCGGGGCGCAGGCCGUGGCGUCCGCCGCCGACGCCGACCAGCCGGCGCCGUUCAGGAAGGACCUGGCCGAUGCUUCCAUGUAGAUGCCUCGUGCAUGUAGUGACUGUCUGAUUGAUGAUGCCCAGCUCCAUGUAGUGGCUGCUUCCAUGCUGAUGCCCCGUACUCAUUGUACUAGAUGUUAGGGCUGAUAUGUGAUUUGUCGAUUGCUGUCUAGCUACAGAGCUGGUUGUCUAGCUUAUGCUCGUGUGGUAUUGAUUUAUUUA